ACAUUUUGAGAGGAAAGACCCCGAAGUACAGAAUCUUCCUCUAAUUUGGAUUUUUAAAGAAGCAUUUUGUCAUCAUGGAGUCAGUAAGUGACUUUCUAAAUGUAUUCAACAUUGAGAUCAGCAGAACUUCCCUGACACUGGGCUUCAUCCUCGUAUUUCUGUCUCUCUUUUACUGGUAUUCAGUCUAUCCUUUCUCAGUCCUCUCUCGAUUUGGAAUCAAACAUCCAAAGCCAGUUCCAUUAUUUGGUAACGUGUUCAUGUUUCGUGAGGGUUUUUUCAAGCCCCUCAAUAAUCUUAUAAAUACACAUGGAAGAGUAUGUGGGUAUUAUUUAGGUCGGAAACCAGUAGUGGUGAUAGCAGAUCCUGAUAUGCUCAGGCAAAUAAUGGUCAAGGACUUCAGUAGCUUUUCUAACAGAAUGGCAUUUCGCUUUGUCACCAAGCCUAUAACAGACUGUCUGCUCAUGUUGAGGGAUGAAAAGUGGAAGAGAGUUCGAAGCAUCCUGACUCCAUCCUUCAGUGCUUCCAAGAUGAAAGAAAUGGUUCCUCUCAUCAACACAGCCACGGAUGCUUUGAUGAACAAUCUGAAUGCCCACGCUGAGUCAGGAGAGGCCUUUGACAUCCACAAGUGUUUUGGCUGCUUUACCAUGGAUGUUAUUGCCAGUGUGGGUUUUGGAACUCAGGUGGAUUCACAGAAUAACCCAGAUGAUCCAUUUGUCCGCCACGCUCAGUUGUUUUUUUCCUUUUCUUUUUUCAGGCCUCUUCUGUUAUUUUCCAUUGCUUUUCCUAGUAUCAUGGCUCCUAUUGUACAAUUCAUCCCAAAUGAAAGGAGAGACCAGAUGAAUAACUUUUUCAUUAACACCAUUCAAAAAAUCAUAAAGCAGAGAGAGGAACAACCCCCUGAACAGAGACGAAUAGACUUUCUCCAGCUGAUGUUAGAUGCUCGAACCAGCCAAGAGAGUGUCUCCUUAGAGCACUUUGACACAGCAAACCUCUCGGAUGACAUUGAUAACCGGAGCCAGCAGACACAGUCAACUUUGGAGCAAGAAAACAAACUCCCUCGCCCAGACGAACCAGCUGUGAGGCGUCCACAGAAAAAGGGGAUGACUGAAGAUGAAAUUGUGGGUCAGGCUUUUAUCUUCCUUGUGGCAGGCUAUGAAACAAGCAGCAACACGUUAGCCUUCACCUGCUACCUGUUGGCACUCCACCCUGAAUGCCAGCGCAAAGUACAGGAGGAACUGGAUGAUUUUUUCACAAGACAUGAUUCACCAGAUUAUACAAAUGUCCUGGAGUUGAAGUAUUUGGACAUGGUUGUGUGUGAAGCACUGCGACUCUACCCUCCUGGUUUCAGAUUUGCACGAGAAGUUGCCCAUGACUGUGUUGUGAAUGGCCAGUUUCUUCCUAAAGGGAUGUCACUGGAAAUCCCUGCAGGCUUCCUGCAUCAUGAUCCAGACUACUGGCCUGAGCCGGAGAAGUUCAUCCCUGAAAGGUUUACACCAGAGGCCAGAGCUAGUCGUCAUCCAUUUGUCUACCUGCCUUUCGGGGCUGGACCCCGUAACUGUGUGGGAAUGAGACUUGCCCAGCUGGAAAUCAGGAUGGCUUUAGUGCAUUUGUUCCACAGGUUCAGCAUCGAGGCCUGUUCUAAGACUGAGGUUCCUCUGGACUUGAAAUCGUCUAGCACUCUAGGACCCAAAAAUGGCGUAUUUGUGAAAAUCACAAGAAGAGAGAAGUGAGAAGAGCAUAAAAACAUUACGACUUUGGGUCAUUUACAUGUCUUUAAUAAAAGUGUCAGAGACUCCAAAUUUGGAAUUUAAGGAUAGUACUACUUACAUUUAAACCUUUUUAACUACAGGAGGCAUUUUCUGUAAAGAACAGAUAUUUGAGAUUUUUUUUUUAAUCUUUAGCAUUUGUACACAUA